GCUGGAUGGGGUGUAAUGUAACAGCAGCUCCCGUUGGCUGAUGGGCGGAUACGUCAGCACCUCAUACAGCUUAUGUGUGUUUCGUAGACUGUGGCGGUCAGAAGAAAUAAGUAAUGUAUAACAGGUCAUGCACGAGACUGGUUGAGACUGUAUCCAUCUCAUUUUCGCACGGCGUUAAAAAGACAGGAAAGGAACUGCGGCAUCACUGGAAACGUCAUUGCAAGGAUUCUGUCAUCUUGGAAACCUUCGGUGUACUUUAAUAUCUACCAGCGGAAUUUGAUCGUUUGGAAAUAACUUUUCUUUUCAAAAUGACGAUUAAAUGUACCUUUUUGGCGCACCUGUUACUGUUUUGGGUUGGAUAUGAAACUGAAGCAACUGACGCUGCUGGAAUAAGCGCGCGCGACAGCGAUCUACUACUGCACAUCCCGACAGACGCGCUCGUGCCCACAGACGCGCUCUCGCAACACAUGCAUAAACUGUAUGAGAAAUACAACACUGAGCUUAAUCGACCUAAAGACGGAAAUACUGUAAGAAGCUUUAAAGCAAAACCUGAGAAUGUGGAGCAGAGGGUCUUGUACUGGCUGAAUCUUACAUCCCUUCAGGAGUCUGAGGUGAUUCUCACGUCUACAUUUCACUUCUUCUUUGACAAACGGCCACGCCAGAGGUCCUGGUUCUGCAAGCGCUUCAAGAACCCAUCUUGUCGCGUUCAGAACUACAAUCAUCUACCUUCUUUUUGUCUUCUUUUUCGCUCUCCCUCCUCUGGCUUUGCUGCAGGAUCGCUACUUGGAAACAUCACCGUUGUUCCUCACAGACGUGGAACCUGGCUGAGCAAGGAUGCGUCUGUCAUUAUAAAAGAGGCCCGAGAUAAGAAUCACCUUUUGAUGUCAGUGGAGCUGGACUAUGGAGAGAAGUAUCAAAGAUAUCAGGACCAACUCUCACCGUCCAAUCUUCCAUACUUGCUGGUGUAUGCUGAUGACCUGGCCAUAUCAGAGCCCAACAGCGUGGCUCUGAGCUUACAAAGAUACGACCCUUUCCUCGCAGACCAUCAGCCAAGUCCAUCACCGGAGAUUGCACCUGACAUACGCGUGAAGCGCGAACUGGACACAGAUUUUCCUGAUCCUAUCGAGAACAAUGAGCUCCCCGAGGUGGAGUACGACAGUUUCAAACAGCAUGAUAUGUGGGAAAGCGCUUACUUUGCCCUCAAGCCAAAGCCUUUUAAAAAAGAGCGCCGGAGAAAAGGCCAGGAGCAUGUUGAUGGAUUCAGCAAGUCUCAGGUUCUCAAGUUUGAUGAGAAAACCAUGAAGAAAGCUCGGAGGAGGCAGUGGAAAGAACCUCGCAGCUGUUCCAGGAGAUACCUGAAGGUGGACUUUGCCGAUAUCGGCUGGAACGAAUGGAUCCUGUCUCCCAAGUCGUUCGAUGCUUUCUACUGUGCGGGAACGUGUGAAUUUCCCAUACCAAAGGUGGUCCGACCCUCCAACCAUGCCACCAUCCAGAGCAUAGUCAAGGCGGUUGGUAUCAUUCCAGGCAUCCCAGAGCCCUGCUGUGUCCCCGAGAAGAUGAAACCUCUUGGUGUACUGUUUCUGGAUGAGAGCAAAAACAUUGUAUUGAAGAUUUACCCAAACAUGUCUGUGGAGACAUGUGCUUGUAGAUAGACUGGCUGAUCGGUGGAAUGAUCACAAACGGGCAUUGUUGUGGUUUGGACACAAGAACUGAGACAUAUUGUCUGUAGUAUGCACUUGUUAGAAAGUGCACACAUUGAGGUUGUUUUUAAGGACUGCAUCUUACCAGCUUGUGUAUUGAACAACCUUCCAUUUUAUGUGAUAUUCAUUUCCUCUUUUUAUCCAUAAGGGAUCUCUUUCAUUGUAUAUGAGUAACAUGAGCACUUACGUUCACUUAUAAGAUAAUAUCAGCAUGACAUAUGAGGCUGUUGUAAUCAUACAAAUGUAAAAUAGUGAAUGUACAACAAGGUUUUAUUGUAUAAAGAAUAUAACAUAAGGUCAGUAUUGAUAUUUCGUUAUUCAGAAUGCUGGAUGUAGGGACCAUUACAACUUUACCUUGCAAUUAUGUUGUAUAGCUUAGUCUUAGGGUUAUUCGAACGCAAAAAAUCCAGUAUAGGUGAAAAUAAUCUGUAAGCAUUUACAAAAGCUAUUAGCAUGACUGCAAAGCAGUCUGGUAGUUCAGUUUAAAGGCUAAUCUGAGCUUAGUUUUGAAUAAAACUAACUUUGGGAAAAAAAACUUUAACAAUUUUGUUGUUAAAGAAAACAUUUUGCAGCACAGACUCCUCCUGUGUGUUUGUUUUAUUUUAACAGAUGUUACACAAGAUUCAUUUGUGAAUAGACUAUCUUGUGUUUUGUCACAUUUUCUACAGUACAUUCACUGAAAAAAAAUUAUUCAUUAAAUUUACUCAAUUAUUUAAGGUAAGUGGUUGCAAUCAAUUUAUUUA